AUGCUGGCGUGCGAGUACGACCUCUCCAGCCCCGAGAGCAACAAGCAGUUCCUCGACGACUUCUGCAGCAGGACCCUCUUCACCUACCGCGACCAGUUCACCCCGAUCAGCCAGGACCAGGACAUGAUUGAGAUGGACGCCUCCCCCCCGCCACACGGAUUCUCGGCCGUCCACAGGGAGGCGGGCGGCAUCCUCAGCGACGCCGGCUGGGGCUGCAUGAUCCGCGUCACUCAGAUGGCACUCGUCCAGUGCCUCAUCUACCACACACUCGGCAGGGACUGGCGAUUCAACACGCGGGCUGACCUCACACCGGGGGCCACCUUCUGGCAGCUAAUAGCGCUGUUCAUGGACACCCCGUCCGCCCCCUUCUCGCUGCACAACAUCGUUAGGGAGGGCCUCAAGCUGGGGAAGCGGCCGAGCGAGUGGUUCGGGCCGACCUCUGGCGCACUUGCCGUCAAGAGCCUGAUGGACCAACACGGGGCGCAGAGCUGUGGGCUGCGGUGCGUGACCUUCCCUGAGGGCAUCAUAUACACCAACGAGGUAUAUAGGUGACACGGGCGACCGAACAAAUGUGUUCAUUCAGUGGACUGAUUGUGUCUGUGUCUGUCUGUGUGCAGGUCCUUGAGGCCUUCAGUGGCGUCCCACGGAAGGAGGCUGCGGACAAGGCUGCCGGCGCCUCGUCGAGCAGUGGUGGCCCGUCAGCACCAGCAGGGCCGUCAUCAUCGCCUUCCGAGUGCCCCACAGCAGAUGAGCCACAGGCAGCCCAACAGGCCAAGAGGGAAAGCAGCGGGCCUGCAGAGGAUGUCAGGUGCGUGCGAACAAACGAAGACAGGCAGGGAGAAAUCUCUGGCUGACAGGUGUGUGUGUGUGUGUGUGUGUGUCAGCGGUGUGGUGAUAUGGUUGUGUCUGCGUCUGGGUGUGGACAGCUUCAACGUUGACAAGUAUCAGAGCCCCAUCCAGGCCUGUUUCUCCAUCCCACAGUUCCAGGGCCUUGCAGGCGAGUCCAUAGACACCAUCCAUCCAGCCAUCCAUCCAGCCAUCCAUCCAUCCAUCCACCAUUGCACGAACAAAGACAUACACAUGAAUCAUCCAUCAUCUGUAUGUCUGUGGUUGUGUGCAGGUGGUGGUCCGGCCAACAGCGCGUACUUCUUCGUGGCGGCCAACCGCGAGAACCUCUACUUCCUGGACCCUCACUCCAAAUGCCAGGUAACACGCACGCACCGAUAUAUGCCUGCAAUGCAAUGCAAGGCACCCAUGGGCAGCGGCACCCGAUGCACGAUUCGCUCUGACUGCCCUCCGCCCCUCCCUGCCUUGUUUCCCUCUCUCCCUCUGUGUGUGUGUGUGUGUGUGUGUGCAUGUGAUGGUGCCUGCGGUUGGUUCCUGGUGGAUGGAGGUGUGUGUGUCUGGGUGCUGCUGGUGUCGCGAUCUGUGCUGCCCCUUUGGCCUCUGCAAACGGCGGCGAACGUGGCGCCACGGCGGGCAGGCUGCCUUCACCGAGAUCCCCUCGCCCACCGCCCCCGAGCAGCUGGCGGCCUUCGCCUGCCAGGUACACCCAUCCGAGCCGCGGCAGCUCGCAUGGUCGUCGCUCAACCCUUCCAUGGCACUCGGAUUCGUUUGCCAGGUCGGUCGGCCGGUCUGUCACACCGGACCCCCCUCACACGCAUCUGCAUCAGUGCUUUUGUGUUGUGUGUCGUGUGGUUGCGUGUGUGCACUGCAGACGGUGGAUCAGUACGAAGACCUGUGUGCGCGGCUCAAGGCGGUGGACGCCGACCUGUUCGAGAUCCUGCCCACACGGCCGGAGUACAACUACGAAGGUAUGUCUGUCUGUGGGCACUUGCACACAGAAGGGCAGCUGGCAGCUCAGAGAGAGACCGGUUGUGUGACUCCGUGUGUGUGUGUGUGUGUGUGCAGGCGGCCUCAAGACGGACGAGGAGGACCCCGAUUUAGUGCUCCUGUGAUGGAAAGGAACGGGAUGUGGGGGCUGCGGGUGAGAGAGCGAGUGGGAUGAGAGCCAACUUGUGUAGGUGAGAGAGAGAGGCCUUGCUGGUGAGUGAGUGGGACUCCUGCUGUCUUGCCUGCCUGAUUGAUGUGUGUAAAGUAGCUGAGCGCGUGACGUUCGACAGAUGGACAGAUAUAUGCAGGGGUGUGUAAGUGGCACUUUUUGCGUCUUUUUGAUUGAUGCCUGCUCGAACGAAAUAAGUAAGGCGCCGGCUUGGCUUGCUCAACUAGC